GUUUUCCGGAUCACAGCGUUUCAUCUUUGCUCUGUACAUCAGAUAAACACUAGUGAUGGUGUUGUGUUGCUGCCUGCUAGCGUCAACACAUCCAUGGCUAGCUUGAAAUCGAAACGGUGACAUCGGAGUUUGUGUGUCGUAUUAGGGACACGAGCCGGCUGUUAUUGAGCUUUCUCUAAAGCUAGUUUUGCUAACAUUGACAAGCGUCGUGUUCCCCGGUCGUUCAGCUGAGGGGGAUUAGAUGUUGUGGUGUUCCUGUCGUUAGUAUCCGGCUCUGAUGUUACAUCAUGUGGCGCUGAGCUGUUGAUGGAACCUUAGCUUAAUACCAGUCUGGUUGUUUUUAAAAAUAACAAUACUUGUAUAACUCUUCAAACCAUCUGGGUGUCAGUAGUUGUAUUCGACAAUGGGAGUCAGCAGAGUGUACAUCGGCAUCGGGUAUGCGACCUUCGGCUCCCUGGUUGGACUCUCUGCUUUCGUGGUGUGGAAUGUAGCCUACAGACAGCCGUGGACGGCGGCCAUGGGAGGCCUGUCAGGAGUUUUGGCGCUCUGGUGUCUUGUCACUCACAUCAUGUACCUGCAGGACUUCUGGCGCACUUGGCUCAAAGGCCUCAAGUUCUUCAUCGCUGUUGGUGUGCUCUUCUCAGUUUUGGCAGUGGCCUCCUUCAUCACCUUCCUAACUCUCGCCAUCACACAGAAGCAAUCUCCCAUUGACCCGAGGAGCCUCUAUCUCUCCUGUGUGUGGAGCUUCCUGACCCUCAAAUGGUCCUUCCUCUUGGCCUUAUACUCCUACAGAUAUCGCCAGGAGUUUGCAGACAUCAGCAUCCUCAGCGACUUCUAGUCUGUACUGAUUUUAUAGACUGCGAUGGACUUUGAGGGUUUCUUGGCUUCCAGCAGGAGCCGGUCAAAGAGCUUUUGUAACAAAGAGGAGGGAAAGCAGACAUGGCUAGAUUGAAAGGUUAUCUGACUUUUAUCACAUGGAGUUGCACUUGCUUAACAAGCUCUGUGUUUGUGUUGUUACCUGUGCUCCUACUUUUAAUGAUUCAGAUAUUAUUAUAUUCCUGUUAGUAGUCAUAAGUCUAAACCUCUAAAGACUGGAACUGCUUUUGAAUGAAUUGCUAAUGUGUGGAGCGACAUGCUGUGUUUUUUCAGACAGAUUUUAUCUUGGGGUUAAUUCAUCUUAAAACAGCUAAUACAUAUAAGGAAAUUCCCACUGUAAAAGGCUUUUAAUCCAAUGAUAAACUGUUAAAAUGAAAGUGAAAAUACUCUCAAAGUUAAAAUCCUCAGAACCAAAACUAAAACCUCCUCCUACCUGAAGCCACUCUGCUACAGUUAUUGCUCGGUUGACAGUGUUUGUUGGAGUGCUUGAAUGUUUGUACCCAAAUGAUCUUUUUCAUGGUUGCAGUUUUGAGCUGCAGAUUACUCAUAUCACUGUUUUCUGUCUCUAGCUCCCUUCAUUGCCAAUGAUGCAAUUUGAGAAACCAUUUUUUAAAAAUUCAAUCACCGAUAUGAAUAGUUACACUCACAUUUAAAGCUUUUUAAAGAGGGUAUUUAAUGUACUUUAUUUCUCUUUUCAUACACCACAUUUUCUUUUAGAAGAACUGAAGAAAAGGCAUUGCUGUGGAAUUUGUGCUCUUCAUCUUUUGGUCCACCAGGGGGAGACUUGCUUUUUUCUGUCAAGAGUCCACUGGAAAAUUAUGACAUUCCUCUUAAGAGAAAACACAAAUGAAUUUGAUAAGUAAUUGCACUUUAGUAUUUGAUAUUGAUGCCAUUGUUUUGCACACAAAUCCUGAUACAAUUGAAAUAGUCAUGUUUUACAAGUCUCACCCUUUUAAAUGUUGAAAUACUCUUAUUUGUAUGUAUCAUUUAUUUUACAGUUAGUAUGAUUUGUAAGUUAAACUAGGCUUUGUACGUGGUUUAGCUCCAGCUGUUGCUCAUGUCUACCCAUGUUCAAAUGUAUUUUUGUUGAUGAGAGAAUGAAUGUGAGGAUGCUCAUGUAAAUAGAAACUGAACCCAUUAAAGUUGCAUUUAUUGUUAAUUA